GUUCCCCAUCCAAAACUACCAUUCUUCAAUCCUUCUUGGCUAAGAAAAUAACAAUAAAAAAAAUAAAAAAAAUUGAGUUACCUGCUCUCUCAAUUACAAAUAGAAAACAAAAUCUCACAUAAUCUAACCAUGCUGGAAACUGAGCUUCACGAUUUAUCCGACGACGCCGAUUACGCUGCUUCGAUUCAGCAAGGAUCAGCGAGUGUGAUGAUGACGAGAAGCGAUUCCAGCAGUAAAAGAAGUAACAGUAGCGAACUUGAAGAAGGUGCUGCUGAAGUUGUUUAUAUGAAAGAUAAUGUUACCAUUCAUCCCACUCAAUUUGCUUCUGAGAGAAUUAGUGGUCGUUUAAAGCUUAUUAAACAAGCUUCUUCUCUUUUUAUGACUUGGAUUCCAUACAAAGGACAACCAUCAAAUGCCAGAUUGACUGAGAAAGACAUGAAUCUCUAUACUAUAAGAGCUGUGCCUUUUGCGGAUGUGCGUUCAAUUCGUCGUCAUACUCCAACUCUUGGUUGGCAGUACAUAAUUGUUGUUUUAUCAUCAGGGCUUGCAUUUCCUCCUCUUUAUUUUUAUAAUGGAGGAGUCAAAGAAUUCCUUGCUACGUUAAAGCAGCAUGCUUUUAUUGUGAGGUCACUGGAAGAUGCAAAUGUAUUUCUUGUUAAUGAUUUUCAAAAUCCUUUGCAGAGAACAUUGUCCUCUUUGGAGUUGCCAAGGGCUGUUCCUAUGGCAAGUGCGGCUUCAGCAUCUACUUCAGCUAUUGGGUCUCCAUCUUAUGAGAGCCAAGAGAGAGUUGAUGGGAAUGUCCAAAGUGGAAGUUCCAGUAUUUCUCAACAUGGUGGUAGGCAUAGGCAAAGGAGUAAUGAUCCUGCUCGGGAUCUCUCAAUCCAAGUAUUGGAAAAAUUCUCUCUUGUAACGAAAUUUGCUCGGGACACAACUUCACAACUAUUUCGGGAAAAUCAAAGCAAUGGUUUUGAUGGUAGUGAGAGGAAGACCUAUAGUCAGUCUUCUCUUGAUAGUAGUCCUCACAGGACACGAAAAGAUGCAGAGGAAGUUCCUGUUAGAAGUCCUGUACCCUCAGAUCCUCUGGAGUUUGACAAACUCUCUCUCGUCUGGGGAAAACCACGACAGCCACCUUUGGGUUUUGAAGAGUGGUCCAUGUUUUUGGAUUCUGAGGGGCGGGUCACAGAUUCAAAAGAUUUCAGGAAGAGAAUAUUCUACGGAGGAGUUGAGCACACAUUAAGGAAAGAGGUCUGGGCAUUUCUGUUGGGAUAUUAUGCAUAUGACUCAACGUCUGCAGAAAGGGAAUGUCUCCGGUACACUAAAAAGUUGGAAUAUGAAACCGUGAAGAACCAAUGGCAGAGUAUCUCUUCUGAACAAGCAAAAAGAUUUACAAAGUUUAGGGAAAGGAAAGGCCUUGUAGACAAAGAUGUGGUGAGGACUGAUCGGUCACAUUUAUUUUAUGAUGGGGAUGACAAUCCAAACGUGAAUAUCUUACGUGAUAUUCUGUUGACAUACUCCUUUUAUAACUUCGAUCUUGGUUAUUGUCAGGGUAUGAGUGAUUUGCUAUCUCCAAUUUUGUUUGUGAUGGAAGAUGAAUCAGAAGCAUUUUGGUGUUUUGUGGCAUUAAUGGAACGUCUUGGACCCAACUUUAAUCGUGACCAAAGUGGCAUGCACUCCCAACUUUUUGCACUAUCCAAGCUGGUAGAAUUGCUAGACAGUCCCUUGCACAACUAUUUUAAGCAGAAUGACUGCUUGAAUUAUUUCUUUUGCUUCCGCUGGAUUUUAAUACAAUUUAAAAGAGAAUUCGAAUAUGAGAAAACGAUGAGGAUGUGGGAGGUAUUAUGGACCCAUCAUUUGUCUGAGCACUUUCACCUGUAUGUAUGUGUUGCAAUUUUGAAGAGGUAUCGCAACAAGAUAAUGGGGGAACUUAUGGACUUCGAUACACUCUUAAAAUUCAUCAAUGAGCUGAGCGGCCAGAUCGAUCUUGAUGCAGUUGUCAGGGAUGCUGAGGCAUUGUGCAUCUGUGCUGGUGAGAAUGGUGAUGCUUGUAUUCCGCCUGGAACCCCACCGUCAUUGCCUCUUGAAAACGAUAACGGUUUGUUAUAUGCUCAACAGGAUGAAGUAUUGUAAAGGAAACUGUUAUAAUUUCUAUUUGUUGUCUAUAGUUUCUUAUUUUUUUUCUGGAUACAUUCAUUUCCAUGUGAUUCCUGAUUUAUUUUUAAUGAAGAUUUUGUUGGUAAUCA